GCCGGCUUACAGUCGAUUUUAAGCCGCCGCCGACAUAUUUAGUGUCAGUCGCCGCCGCCGUUAAUAUUUGUCGGCGCAGGGCUCUGUAGUUUAUGCGAAGAAAAUAAAAAAGGAUUUUCAUAAUCAUGGCUGACAGAUUAACACAAUUACAGGACACUGUUAAUAUGCAAGCUGAACAUUUCUGUAAUGCAAUCGGUAUAAUACAACAAACUUCUUAUCCAAGCAAAUUCCCAAAUUUUGACCGUACCGGAUCCCAAACUCCAGUACAGAAUCAACAACAAGAAGAUUAUGCCCAACUAUUUGCUCAGCUUAUAUCACGUUGCGCCAAAGAUAUUGAUACCCUAAUCGAGUCAUUACCAAAUGAGGACAGCUCGACGGAAUUACAAAAUCAAAGUCUUAAAAGAUUGGAAUUGGAAAACCAGGAAGCUGCCGAACGUUUGGAAGAAAUCGCUUUAAAAGGCGAGUUGCUUUUGGGCAAAAUUCAGAAUGCCUUAGAAGAUAUAGCCCAAGCUCAACUAGAUAUGCAAAUAACCAUGAAAAAUAACAAUAGUUAAAAUUGUCUCAUUAGCUGCUUAUGUUUAUGUAUUUACAUUUGGUCAAAUAUUUUUUAAAUUUAUUUUAAAUAAUGCUUGUUAUAGGUAUAAAAACGAAUAUUUCUUCGAAUUACAUGGAAAUUGCAAAAAUGCUGCUGAAUAUCUAUGUUUCAUUUUGUAAGUCGAUACGAAACAUUUUUCAGAUGGAAAUACACAAAAUUUUUAUGACAAAAAUA